AUGGCAACGGCGCUGCCAGUUGUGCUGGUCUUGACGCUUCUGGUAGCCUUCUUCCCGACAGCCGCUCGUGCCCAGCAGCAGCUUGUCUUCCUCAACGGCAACUACGAGACGCCGAGGGGCAAGCCGAUCCCCCUCAAAUGGACGGGCAACCGAGGUCCCGUCAACAUCACCCUCAUGAAUGGCCUUGAUGAGAACCUGCAACGCGUCCUCGUCGUCGUCACCGGCUAUGCCGGCCCCCCGCCCGACAGCUUCGUCUUCAACCCGCCCUCGGACUUGCCCACAGACUUCUACGAGAUUCAGAUCGAGGAUGGCGUCAGCAAUCCAGACUAUACGCCGCGAUUUCAGUACCCUGUGCCGGCUGACGACAUACUGCCGCCGUCAUCCUCAACAGCUUCUCAGCAAACAUCAUCAUCCACCUCGGCUUCUACUCCCACCGGCCCUUCCACUGCUUCACCAGAAGAUCCCGCUUCUACCUUGGUAGUCACCGGGACCAGGCCCUCUCAGAGCGUCGAACCCACCAGCACCAGCGCCCUCGGCUCGGACGGCAACGCGGCGCAGCCCAGCUCCAGCGAGGCAAGCAGCACG